CACACACACACAAACACGUUUGUUUUACUAUCCUUGUGGGGCCCAAACAAUUGAUUCCCAUUCAAAAUCCUAUGUUCCCUAACUGUAACUCUUACACCUAACCCCUAACCCUAAAAUAGCCUUUUCUCUUGUGGGUACUGGAGAAAUGUCCCCACAUCUGAAUUGUCCUUGUUUUACUAUCCUUGUGAGGACUUCUGGUCCCCACAAGGACUUCUGGUCCCCACAAGGACUUCUGGUCCCCACAAGGACUUCUGGUCCCCCACAAGGACUACUGGUCCCCCACAAGGACUUCUGGUCCCCCACAAGGACUUCUGGUCCCCCACAAGGACUUCUGGUCCCCACAAGGACUUCUGGUCCCCGGGGGGACUACAGUUAUCCACCGUUUCCCCACAGGCUAAAUGCUGUGCUGCCCGGCAGGCUCCCGCUCUUGGCCUCUCCCCCAGCCUGCGCCCCUCCCUCCUCAACGUCCUGAGUUCCAUCGAGCCAGGAGUGGUCAACGCAGGCCAUGACACCUCCCAGCCAGACUGUUUCGCCUCCCUACUGUCCAGCCUCAAUGAGCUGGGAGAGAGACAACUGGUGUCUGUGGUGAACUGGGCUAAAGCCAUGCCAGGUUUCAGAGAGCUGCAUGUAGAAGACCAGAUGUCAGUGAUCCAGUCUUCAUGGUUGGGGUUGAUGGUUUUCGCUCUGGGCUGGAGGUCUUACACAAACACAGACGCUAGAGAGCUCUACUUCGCUCCUGACCUCAUCUUCAACGAUCAGAGGAUGCGUGUGUCCAGUAUGUAUGAGCACUGUGUCCAAUUCCGUCUGCUGUCCCAGAGGUUCUGUGUGCUCAGAGUCACCCAGGAAGAGUUCCUCUGUAUGAAGGCUCUGCUCCUCUUCAGCAUCAUCCCUGUGGAGGGUCUGAGGAAUCAGAAGUGUUUUGACGAGCUGAGGAUCUCUUACAUCAAGGAGCUGGUUCGUCUGGCCAGCCAACACGGAGAAAAACACCACACACAACGUCUGUUCCAGCUAACACAACUACUCGACUUCCUACACCCGAUUGUGAGGAAGCUGCACCAGUUCACCUAUGAUCUGUUUAUCCAGGCCCAGUCUCUGCCCACCAGAGUCAGCUAUCCAGAGAUGAUCUCUGAGAUCGUCAGCGUUCACGUGCCCAAGAUACUCACAGGCAUAGUUCAGCCAAUCCUCUUUCACAAUGCACCUUGCUAGAGGGUCAUCUCAUCACAAUGCACCUUGCUAGAGGGUCAUCUCAUCACAAUGCACCUUGCUAGAGGGUCAUCCUAUCACAAUGCACCUUGUUAGAGGGUCAUCCUAUCACAAAACACCCUGCUAGUGGUUCAACCUAUCACAAAACUUCCUGCUACAGGUUCAACAUAUCACAAAGCUUCCUGUUACAGGUUCAACCCAGGGCAGGCCCUAGGCACAAGUAACUUUUUUUUAAUGGGGGGG